GAGGGGAUGAAGAUAAGCAAAAUCGACAAAAACUUGGAGUAAGUAUUACAAAUCAUAUAUACCCACAACCAUGCACCGCCCCAAUAGCCGCUUCCUCAGUCGUUGAAGCCACCAGUCGAUACCCACUCCAAUCGCCGUCGCCUGAUGGCCCACCACUCCAAUUGUUGCCGCCUGAAGUUGCUAAACCAGCGCCACUACCGUCUUCGACACCGCAAAGCGACUUGCCCAUCACCACCGUCUUAAAAACCGUAAAUCUGAAACCUUAAAUCGCCUUCCAGCCGCCAUCGUCUUUGUCACCACCGUCAUUUUGCAGGCUCCUUCCCCUUCAAAAUCGAACAGUUUACCUUGGGUUACUUGUUGGUUAACAGAAGGUUGAGUUUACCUGAGUUACAUUUUGGUUAACAGAAGGUAACUAGAGUCAAAUUUUCCAACAUAAUGGCUGUUAACACUUCCCCCGCUCAAUUUACUUGUAUACCCUUACUCAGAGACGCGAAAUGACGCAUAUACCCCCGGAUAAACACUUAAAGUUUAUCGAGGGGAUAAACUUGAACUUCCUCUGAACUUAAUUAGACUUAUUUUGAUUUGAUUUGAUUUUUGUUUUGGGAGACCAUUAGUGAUUUGUGUUUACAACAAUACAACUAAUCAAAUACGCAUGAAUUGUACCAAUUGAUUGCUGGUGCAGUGGUAAUUGAGUCUGCACUUGAUAGGGUUCGAUCCCUGCAAUAAUAAUUGGAAGGGAUGUGGAAUCUAACCACCCGUAAUUAAUCCCGAAUCCGAAUCAACGUAGAUAGAUUAGUUGCCCUUGAGGUUUCGUCCGAGUAUACCGCUUUGAUGAUUUUUCAUACUCGAUAAUGGCGCUCGCUUCUCGCAUCCUCUCCAAAUCUAAGCAGAUGUAUACUAUUCAGACUGUUUUACCCAAGGACAAUGUGAUUCCUGCUCGUUACUAUGUCAAAGAAGCUGCUCCCGCUGCCAAGGCUCCUAGAACUGUCUGGAAUCUUCUGGAACCAUCACUUUCAUCUUCUUCUUCCUCUUUACCGCGUUCUUUCUACACUGCUUUUCUUUCCUAUUCUAGAACUUUUUCUACCAAUGUUGUCGAUGAAUCUCAAGUUCCUGCUCCCAUCGAUUAUAGUUCUGUGCUUCAGGAAGACGAGUUUCAUCGGCUAGCAGAUUCCACCAUACAUCAUCUGCUCGAGAAACUCGAGGAAUAUGGUGAUACUGUUGAUAUUGAUGGGUUUGACGUAGAUUAUGGGAAUGAAGUUCUCACCAUGAAACUUGGGGAUCUGGGCACUUACGUGGUGAAUAAACAGACGCCAAACAGACAGAUCUGGUUGUCUUCUCCAGUAAGUGGUCCUUCAAGAUUUGACUGGGAUCCCAGCUCUGAAGCCUGGGUUUAUCGUCGAAAUAAAGCAAAUUUGCUGGGAAUUUUAGAGGUCGAGCUGAAGCAGCUGUGUGGUGAAUCUGUCAAACUCUCUUGAUCUUUUAUUCAUUCAUUUGUGUUUUGUCUGUGUAAGGGAACACCACAUAUUCCCGAGAAAUUCUAUUAUGCAACUAGGUAUACCAAGAGAUAGGUGUACCUCUAAAAAAUUGUAAACAUAAUAGUUCUUUUCUCUCAAUAUAACUAUGUACAAAUGUACAAUCGCAUUCCCUCCGAAUAUGAAGCUUAAUCAUUGCAUCACCCA